AUGGGUCGUUUUAGUCCUUUGGUGCCACUGCUUCUUGUAGUCGGCUUAAAUAUCCAAAGGUGCUUCGGCCAAGCUAGCACUCCGACUCUGUAUAAAGAUAGCAAAACAGGUAUCACAUUCGACACAUGGACUGUACCGGAUAAGGCGGAUGGUGCCGGUGGUGUGUCGGCUUGGGGCGGUUUGACCUUCGGUGUUGCGCUUCCGGAGGAUGCCUUGGCUGUCGAUGCCACUGAGUUCAUAGGCUACCUGAAAUGCGGCUCAAACGGCACGACCACGAACGGAUGGUGCGGUUUAUCUUUCGGGGGGCCAAUGACCAAUAGCCUGCUUCUUAUGGCCUGGCCAUUCCAAGAUCAAAUCUUGACAUCAUUCCGCUUUGCCAGUGGAUAUACUAGCCCGGACAUAUAUACAGGUAAUGCUAAACUAACUCAGAUCUCGUCCACCAUUGAUAAGGACUACUAUACCCUGAUCUUUAGAUGUCAGAACUGUUUAGCAUGGGACCAGGGUGGUGCAUCAGGUUCCGCAUCGACUAGUGCCGGUUCUUUGGUCUUGGGAUGGGCCAGCUCGCUCAAGUCUGUGGGAAAUCCGGCCUGUCCAGAAGAUAUUGCCAUUAACUUUCACAGCAAUGGCCAAAGCAUUUGGGGCGCCACCUUAGACAAAAAUGCGCCAAAUCCAUCGUACUCAGCCUGGGCCGCCCAAGCUACCGCUACAGUGACCGGGAGCUGUGGAGGAGCUACACCUACUACCACCACAUCUAGUACUACGUCCAUUCCUACUGCUACUGGCAUUCCGGUCCCGACUGACACCUAUGAUUAUGUUGUUGUUGGCGCUGGUGCUGGCGGAAUUCCUUUGGCAGAUAAAUUGAGCGAGGCCGGAAAGAAAGUACUGCUUAUUGAAAAGGGACCCCCUUCUUCUGGACGAUGGGGUGGCUCACUCAAACCGGAGUGGUUAGAUGGCACGAACUUGACUCGAUUCGAUGUCCCCGGUUUAUGUAAUGAGAUCUGGGUCAACUCUGCGGGUAUUGCAUGCACUGAUACGGAUCAGAUGGCUGGCUGUGUGUUGGGUGGAGGCACCGCCGUUAAUGCAGGUUUAUGGUGGAAGCCAUAUACUCUCGACUGGGAUUACAACUUCCCCCAAGGAUGGAAGUCGUCAGAUAUGGCCGCUGCAACCAAGAGAGUAUUCUCUCGCAUUCCUGGUACCGAUCAUCCGUCAAUGGACGGGAAACGAUAUUACCAAGAAGGCUUUGAAGUUCUGGCCAGUGGCUUAAGGGCAGGCGGGUGGUCAGAAGUUACCGCUAAUGACGUUCCAGACCAGAAAAACCACACAUUCUCUCAUUCGCCAUUCAUGUUUUCUGGUGGUGAACGCGGCGGACCCAUGGCGACCUACUUAGUCUCUGCUAGCAAGCGCAACAACUUCCAUUUAUGGAUGGGUACGGCAGUAAAGAGGGUUAUUCGAUCCGGGGGCCAUAUCACCGGUGUUGAGGUCGAGCCGUUCAUAAACGGAGGAUACACUGGCGUCGUCAAUGUUACUUCAGUUACCGGCCGCGUCAUCUUGUCUGCGGGAACAUUUGGGUCUGCCAAGAUCCUUUUGCGAAGUGGAAUUGGACCAUCGGACCAGCUGGAGGUUGUCAAAUCGUCAACCGACGGUCCAACUAUGAUUUCCAAUAGCUCUUGGAUUAAUCUACCUGUGGGCUAUAAUUUGGAAGAUCACACUAAUACUGAUACCGUUAUUACGCAUCCCAAGGUCGUAUUCUACGACUUCUACGAGGCUUGGGAUAGCCCUAACGUCACCGAUAAGAACCUAUACCUUGAUUCCAGAUCUGGUAUUUUGGCUCAAGCAGCCCCAAAUAUCGGCCCAAUGUUCUGGGAUGAAAUAAAGGGCGACGAUGGCGUGGUUCGGCAGCUUCAGUGGACUGCUAGGGUAGAAGGUAGCGCCGGAACACCAAAUGGAUAUGCUAUGACUAUGAGUCAGUACCUGGGGCGAGGCGCAAAGUCAAGGGGUCGAAUGACCAUCACGAAGGCGUUGACUACUGUCGUCUCAACGGUCCCUUACUUACAGGAUAAGAAUGAUGUCCAGGCUGUUAUUCAGGGCAUCAAAAACCUUCAAGCAGCUCUAGCAAACGUGGAGGGGCUAACGUGGACCUAUCCACCAUCAAACACUACUGUGGAAGACUUUGUUAAUAAUAUGCUGGUUUCGUAUACUAACCGACGAUCAAACCACUGGAUUGGAACCAACAAGCUAGGCACAGACGACGGUCGAAUAAACAGCGGCUCAGCCGUGGUUGAUCUUAACACUAGGGUGUACGGUACUGACAAUUUGUUCGUGGUCGAUGCCAGUAUCUUCCCAGGUCACAUCACUACCAACCCUACCUCUUACAUCGUCAUCGCUGCCGAGCACGCCUCAGAAAAGAUUCUCGCCCUGGCACUACCUGAGGCACAACCGAGGUAUGCUCAAUGCGGUGGACUGCUGUGGACAGGUAGCUUCCAGUGCGCAGCGCCAUACACUUGCAAGUACCAGAACGACUUCUACUAUCAAUGCGUUUAG